CCUCCUCCCACUCCCCUGCUAUGGCUAUCAAAAAUUGAAAUCGCUAAUUAAUCAUAUCUAUCUUAUAAAUACCAAUAGAAACAAUUUACAAUCUUCAGGAAGAUAAGGCAACUUAACAGGUCUAUGCAGAGGCGGAGCUAGAAUUUCAAGCUUAUGAGUUCAACAUUCUAAACCUUUUAAGUUACUGAGUUCUAAAUUAUUAAUUUAUAACUAAUUAAUGAAUUUUUCAAGACACAGUCAGGGUUUGAACCAAAGCUACUGGGUUUACCCACAAUGCUAGCACAGCGCCUGGGUCUAUGAUAUUAAAGAUAAAGAAAGUAAUAAGAUUGUAUCCAUCUUGAAAGCUUGUUAGUUGACAAAAUAGUAUUUGUGUGACAGGACAACAAUAAUUAGGCCUUAGUCCCAAAUAAAGUUGGGGUCGGCUGUUUGUGUGACAGGGUUAAGAAAAAAUGAUGAGACUACAAACUUAUGCCGGGCUUAGUGUAAUAGCUACACUAGCUGCUAUUUAUCAUGCCUUUAGCAGUAGAGGCCAGUUUUACCCAGCAAUGGUUUAUUUAUCGACAUCUAAGAUCAGUCUGGUGCUUCUCCUCAACAUGGGUCUCGCCAUUAUGUGCUUUUUAUGGCAGCUGACCAAGAAAGUUUUCCUUGGUACUCUUCGGGAGGUAGAGGUGGAGAGGCUAAAUGAACAAUCAUGGCGGGAACUCAUGGAAAUACUUUUUGCAAUUACUAUUUUCCGGCAAGACUUCUCUGUGAUGUUUCUUGCCAUGGUUACCAGACUAUUGUUUAUCAAGUCUUUGCAUUGGUUGGCUCAGAAACGGGUUGAGUAUAUUGAAACAACUCCAGCGGUUACUAAGUUGUCCCACAUUCGGAUAGUCUCUUUGAUGGGCUUCCUCCUCCUCAUUGAUAGUAUCUUUUUGUACAACUACAUGAACCAUUUGAUACAGACAAGACAGGCUUCUGUUUCUCUCUUCUUUGCAUUUGAGUACAUGAUACUCACUACAACAACUGUUGCAACAUUUGUGAAAUAUGUAUUCCAUGUAUGUGACAUGCUUAUGGAAGGACAAUGGGAAAGGAAGGCCGUAUAUACUUUCUACUUGGAGCUUAUUCGGGACUUGCUCCACUUGACUAUGUACAUGUGCUUCUUCCUCAUGAUUUUCGUCAAUUAUGGUGUGCCUCUGCACUUGAUUCGGGAACUUUAUGAGACAUUCCGCAACUUCAAGAGUCGAGUUGCUGAUUACAUACGCUAUCGAAAAAUCACUUCAAAUAUGAAUGAUCGUUUUCCAGAUGCUACACCGGAAGAGCUCAAUGGAGGUGAUACCAUCUGUAUCAUCUGUCGUGAGGAGAUGAUCACUGCCAAGAAACUUGUUUGUGGACAUCUCUUUCAUGUUAAUUGCCUCCGGUCAUGGCUAGAACGUCAGCACACAUGUCCUACAUGCAGAGCCCUUGUUGUACCACCUGAAAAUGGGACGAAUGUUGCACGAUCUCGAUAUGCUCAGCAAGGCCCAGGAACAAGUUUUACACCUCAAGGUUCGCAAGCAGAUCCCAGGACAAACAGCCAUGUUAGCCAGCACCAGGCUAGACUCCAAGCUGCAGCUGCUGCUGCUGCAAUUUAUGAGAAGUCCAUUGUUUAUCCUUCUGCACAGAUUCUACCCUGCUAUGUUGGUGCUAACAUGCCUUUUGGAGAUAGUUCUUGGAACAACCUUAGUACUUCAGAUACUCAGCUGGAGGCCCAUAGGAUAUUCUUACAGCAGCAGAUUGAGGUUCUGCGAAGCCAGCUCAUGCUUCUACAGAGUUCAAAGACGCAGAAAGCAGCUGCUGCUGUAGGAGCUUCAGAUGGCAAGGGAAAAGCAAUUUCGUUUGAGAGUGCUCAAAAAGGACAGGCUGAAGGUGCAGAUAUUUAAGGCUUGAUCAUCUGUAUAUAAAGUGCAGGUUGAAUUGUGGACAUUCAGUUAGAAUGGCAGCUGAACAAUGCUAUUUGUUAGAGGAUCUGUCAGUUGUGUUUUCUCUAGCGAUCUGGAAAUAGUUAUAUUGCUGGUAAGAGAGAUGAUUUCUGUCUUGUGAUGUAUUUGGUUCUAGAGGAUCUCCAAUUCAUGCAUCCCUGUAGAGUCUCCACUUCACUUAGGUACACAUCAGUUCAUUUAACUGAAUUUGGUCCAUUAGCAAACUAGGUAAACAGGUAUGACAAGAAUGUUUAUAUUUUAGCACAAGAUCAGGAAAACUGAAAUUAUCAGUAUCAAAUGCGCAAUAACAAUAUUUGUUCAUCCUUAAACUCAUAACAUACAGGCUACAGCAAACUUCCAUUGUGCUAUCUUUAUCAUAAAUGGCAACUUCAAACCAAAACUGCCUUACAGGUCAGACAGGUUCUUGAAUUGGCCUCCUUAUUUCAGCACCAGGAAUAGGUGUUAUAUGUACAGGGCAUUGACUUGUUGCGAGGAAAUAAUUAUUGUUUACUGGUGGAAGUAGUGGUGUAUUUUCUCAUAGAGAUGCAGUAAGUAUGAUAUUUGGUCAAAGAUAUGUAAGGGAAAUUGGCACAAACUCAUUUUUUGAGAAAGCAAAUGGUUCUCUCU